GUGUUCCGUGCAGGGUUGAGAAGAUGGUCACGUUACAUCCACUGUAACAGGUCGGAUAGCAGAUUAUGGACUAAACUGGAUUUAUUUGGCGUUACGAGGCACCUGUGUCACGGUUUAACAGUCUACAUCCCUUAGAAUGGUGUGCAAGAUCUAAAAGUACUGCUUUUCAGAUAAUAAGCAAUCUUUUACAACUUUGGGGAAGAAUAUGGAGAAAUGCAGAUCUCGACCCCGAAGACCCGACAAAGCACUUUAUGUUCCGAAAGCUAGACGGAGUACAGCCGAUCAUGAGGACCAUGAACUUAACAAGCCCGCUGUGCAAAUAGAUGACUGCAGCCUGGAUUCUCAGGGUGAUGGGAGCAGCGAGAAUAAAUUACAUCACAAAAAUGCUACUCAAAAGAAUAGGCAAGGCGUUGCCAAGAGCAGUUCCUAUUCUAGAGGUAUUGAAGCAGAUGAGACAGAUGGCAAACCGUCCAAAUCCAAAAUCUCUCCGAAAUAUUCAAAACAAAAAGAAAGGAAACAUUCUAGCAAGCAGACAAAGGCCAAGCUGAACAGUUCGUUAUCUGAAGCUUUUAAUAGUCUCCUUGUUAAUGAGGAAAAAGAAACUUUGUUGCUGGAAACGGAUGAAAGCUUUGUGACGGCAUCUCAUGCUGCUUCUGUUCCUCACAACAUUUCUCUGUCGAAUGAAACAGAGCAGGUUGCAACUCAGGGCGAUUGUGAGAACCCGAGUCUUGGAGAAAAGCUUGCAAAUAGAGGGUCAGGAGAGGGUAAAGUAGAGCAAGACGGGUCUAUGAGGAAAGAGCACAUCAAGGAAAGAGAUGAAUCUAGGAAGUCGGUAGAAGAUGCAUCAGGGUUUACAGAUUUAUGUCAGGAUGACCCUACUGUAUCGUCAAGCAUAGCCAGGUUAUCUAGCCCCGAGGAUCUGGUAAUAGGAACCAAUGAAGUGUCUGUGUGUGACAGCAAAACAUUAGAUUUUUCUUCCAGGUCUAUGCAUAGCAGCUGUGAGAAUUUGGCACAGAAUACAGGCAACAUAAUCGAAGAAAAGCAUAAUGCUUCACUCUCUGAUACAGAUAAUGCCAAAGUAAUUUCCACAACUCACAUUAAUAUUCCUGAAAACAUAUCUGGACAGUUUACAGUCUGUUUAAGCGAUCCACAUAAAAUAAGUACUGAAAAUAUUGCAGAAAAAUUGGAUUUAUCACCUCCAGUAACAGAGGAUGCCUCAGAACACAUGACACAAUGUAGCAGAAGCGUUGUCUGUGUGAGUAAUCCCAGUAGCAUCACAGCAGAUGAAAACAUCACGGAUUUAAAAGAAUGCGCGGAUGAAAGAGGCAAAGGGGUAGCAGAUGACAUUCAUUCUUCCAAAAUCCCCAUAAAAUGUGACAACAGAAAUGCCGAACCUCAAAAUGGGAAUAAAUCUGAAGAAUUAUGUGAGGGUAGGGGUGAAGGCAAUUGCAGAAACAUGAAUAAUGCAGAUAAGGGGCCGGGAUGCAUUAGUCAUAUAACAGAAGCUGAAAGUAUAACGCUGACAGAAGCUGAAAAUAUAACGCUGACAUCUGUAAGCAGCUCGGAUGAUCUGCCAGGGGAGGACAUACACAGUACAUCGUCUAGGCCCGUGCAGGAGGCAAAAGGUUCCUCAAGCACCAAAAACGAGACUAACAAAGAGCACAGGGAUGAACGACCUUGUGUGGCUAUUUCUGAGGUCUCGACUGAAAAUCCAAACCUGACUCAAGGUGCUGGGAGUGAAGAUGAUGACGAGAGCUGGGAUGCUCUGUUCACUGAUGAUGGAGAGUGCCUUGACCCUCAUUUGUUGGAAGAGCUAACAAACCACGAGAAGAGCAGAGAGGACUCGCAGACAUCCAGAUUUAACUACUAUGACUAUGAGCCACAAGAAGCAGAAUUUGAUGAUUCGGAAUUAUCCCAUGUGAUCGAAAUCUAUGACUUCCCUGCAGAGUUUAAGACAGAGGACCUAAUGCGUGCGUUUUCCAAUUACCAGAAAAAAGGAUUUGACAUUAAAUGGGUUGAUGAAACACAUGCCCUCGGUCUGUUCUCCAGUCCAAUUACAGCCCGCGAUGCCUUGUCCAACAAGAAUCCAAUGGUCAAAGUCCGCCCAAUGUCUCAAGCUUCAAGAGCUUCUCGAGCCAAAGCAAGAUCAUGUUCUGAUUUUCUGCAGCCUGCUAAAGAGCGUCCACAAACGUCUGCGGUUCUUGCAAGGAGACUUGUGAUUAGUGCCCUGGGAGUGAGAAGUACCCAGACCAAAGCGGAGAGGGAGGCUGAACGAAAGAAGCUUCAGGAAGCUAGAGAGAGAAGACAUUUAGAAGCCAAGCAGCGUGAAGAUGCCUGGGAAGGAAGGUGAUGACACCGAUGUUUGAUCACAGUUGGAAGAAUGACACGUAUCUGUAACAAAGAUCCUCCAAACAGGCAUAAAAGAUUUUUGUUUGCGACAUACUCGGUGAUUGACCUAUUCUUAAAGCCUUUGUUUAGAUUUUGUCUCGCACAGUAGACAUUUUUAAAGUGUUUGAACUGGCAAAUAAGUGGAGAACUGGAAGGGAGUGAUACGUUUACAGUUUUCCAUUGAAAUCACUCUCCAGAUAAAAAGAAUGUUAAGCGGAUUUUAUUUGUGUUUUUUCCUUUUUUUUUUCUUUUUUUUGGAAUAAGAGAAAUGAGGCUGAUUUUUCUUUUUAAAGAAACACCUUUCGGUGUUAAAAUAUUCAUUGAGUAGCUAUGAGCUAGAUAAUUCACGGCAGACUUAUGUACUUUGAUGUUGGAAGUAGUGAAACAUUUAAAGCGGAACAAGCGAACACAAAGCAAUGAAAUAUGUUGUCGAGCUUUUGUGAGGGAUGCCUGAAAAUUGCAGUGAUUCUGAGGAGUGUGUUAUCAAUUAUAAUAGAUCAAAAGCGAAUAGCGCAUCGCACCCAGAGUCCCUCAAAUACAUUAUCCGGCGUUCUAGCAUCUAUCGGGUAGCGCUCGCUGCUGUACGAGUGUCAUUUGUUUUAUUCACCAGCGAAAGAUCUCCAGAAUUGAAUUAUUUCCUAAAAUAUGAGUUAUAUUUUUUUUUGAAUCGGUUAAAGAUGCUGUUCCACUUGGACAAAGCAUUAAUCACACUGUGUGGUAUUCUGAGCUAG